AUGAGUGAGGCGCAUAAGGGCGAGGCAAAAAGAGAGACCAGCCUAAGCAACGACGACCAUGACGAAGAAGAUGACAACGAUGCCGACGGCGACGAUGUCUGCGUCGACGACCAAGCCGACCCCGCAACAACGCCUGCUGCACCUCUUGCUCUGGCCGUUUCGCCGGUGGCGAGCGCCGAUGACGCGGGCUUCGCAUCCACUGACGAGUCCACACAACACCGGGGGAGGACGAUAGGGGCGGGGGGGCGCUCAAUUAGAGUCAAAUCCCCCGCCCAAGAUUCUUCCAAUCUUGGCAACAGCAUCACCUUCCGAAUGAAGUCAAUCCCUAGCUUCCUCCAAAGAGCGGGCCUUAGGGUUAGCCAUAAGGGGUCGGCUGGCGAGAACGUUGCGCAGACCAACGACAAAUCUAGCGGCAGGAAUAACAGCCGCUGGAGCAUGCGGUACACGGCCCGCUCCGUCAAGACGGGCAACUAUGACGAUCUGUCCGAGGACGAGUUGGUGGAACACAACGAAGAGCGAGCACAAAAGAAUUGGCGCGUGCUACGGGCGGUGUUCAUGGCCCUUGGCAUAUUCCGAGUGGGUGGGCUCAACCGUCUCCGCGCCAAACAGCUGAGCGCGGCAGAGGUGAAGCGAGGCCUGCGGAGGAACGUGACCGGGGGAGGACAGAACAUCAUCCCCACGAUGUCUUUCUACGCUCCCGAGGUAACCAGAGACACCGCAAAUUCGGAGGCGCAGUACGAGGCGCUGUGCAGCCAGUGGGCACGCUUCUCCCCGGCCAUCGUACACCGCAUGCUUCGGCAGAAGCUACUCAACCAUGGUUCCAACAAACAGGAGUUCACGUGCGAGAGGUUCUCGACGACUCUGCUGUUUGCGGACAUCUCGGGCUUCACGCGGCUGAGCGCGCGGCUGAACGCGGAACAGCUCAAGACGCACACGAACCAGUACUUCACCAUGCUGAUCGACGUCGUCGCGCGGUAUGGCGGCGACAUCAUCAAGUUUUGCGGAGACGCCGUAAUGAUCGUCUGGCCCUCGGGACACACCGCCCCGAGAGGGGUGCUUCAGGCGAACGCGAUGCAAGGGGCUGCGUGUGCCCUGACGAUGCUCAGCGAGUGUGGGGAGUACGACGUGGGCAAGGGGGAAGAGGCCGUGGCACUCCGUCUGCACUGCGGGAUGGGGAGUGGCCAGAUGUACGGCUACCUUGUGGGCGCAGACGACAGGUGGGAAUACUUGGUGGCAGGAGACCCCCUCCGACAGAUUGGCGAGGCUGAGCCUGAGGCAACGCAGGGCGAGGUCAUCCUGUCCCCGGAGGCGUGGGAGCUGGCGUCCACCGACUUUGUGGCGACGAAGACGCCUCAGGGGAAUUGGCUGCUGAAGGAGCUGAAAGACGUGUCAAGGCCUUCUUCCCCUACCAGGGAGGCGGCCGGAGACAAAAACCGGCGACAACGCGCGUCGGCUGCCGAGAUUCCCUAUUUUCCCUCGAGCAAUUCGACCCCUGACGGAGGAGUAGCCGCAGCCGCAGCCGGAGGCGGUGGUGGUGACGCAGGCGGCGGUGGUGGCCUGGCCGGGGCGGGCGCGGGAAGGGCUCCAAAACGGUUUCGAGGAGGAUGUGAGUUCGUUUGCCGGAUGAACAAGCCCAUCCGAGUGACUUUUGGAUCAUUCGUGUCUUCUUCGUUCGGGAAAGAGAGCAACAGCCUUGCGGUCUUUCGGAGGGAUAGGGCAUCAACGCACACCGAAGAGGACGAGUCAACCAAGUCUGUUGGCCACCCCACCAACCAAUCCGCCAAGAAGGCAUCCAUUGCCAGCCCCUCUUGUGGCACUCCCGCAACUCCGAAAACGGUCACCAUGAACGUCAACCAAUCCUCCGCGGUUUCCGAGGAGCACCGCUUGCAGGCCAGCGACUACCUGGCUCCCUACAUCGAGGCGCAGUACGAUGGGGGCGUGGAGAAAUCCAUGAAGGGGCUGAGCACCGCCCUCAGGGGCUUCACCCAGGAGAGCGCGAGGUACGCCAUCCAGAGCAACACCGUCAAGUACCUUGCCGAGAUCCGCUUCGUCACGACGAUCUUCAUCAACAUCUACGGGCUCGAGGAACAGCUCAAGCGCGGCGGGGGCUUCCUCCUGCAGCAGACGAUGGACCUCGGCGUGAGCAGCCUGCUUAAGUUCGGGGGCGUCCUCCGGCAGUUCGUGGUGGACGACAAGGGCUGCGUCAUGAUCGGGGCGUUCGGCUUGCCUCAGUACAGCUACGAAGACAACGAGGUCCGGGCAAUCUCUGCCUCGAAGGAAAUCAUCUUGGCGUUCGAAGGCCUGCAGCUGGGGGCCAGCAUCGGCAUUACCACGGGGCAGGUGUACUGCGGGUUCGUGGGGGCGUCGAAGCGUUGCGAGUACGCUAUGAUGGGCUGCAGCGUCAACCUGAGUGCGAGGCUCAUGGCCUCCGCGCCGAAGAACACAAUCCAGGCACGGCACUUGACCCCAUAA